CCAGCCAUACUAAUUUUAAUUAUUUAUUAUUAUUAUUGACAAGAUUGUGAAAACAUUUAGCAUAAUUUAUUUUAAUAUUGAGAUAGCGCUUCUCCAUUGUUGAAGUUUUAGACAAAAUUAGGGAAAGUAAUGUGUCAAACACGCAAGACCAAGAAGCCAACUCUAUAAGAUAAGAUGAUUCUUUCUUUAUUUGUUAAUUGUUAAUAAGUGAAGAAAAGUAAAAGUUAAAAAAGAAAAGAACCCUCGAAAAGACGUGGCAUCAUAUGCAUUUUCCUCUGGAACACUCCUCGAAAUUCGUCACUAUUUGCUGUAUGGCAUGUUUGAGAAAGACCAAGAACCUCUUAGAAAAUAGUAAUAAUAUUGAAAAGGAGAAAACUUUCUUGUGCUUGGUCUCAUACACAGUAUUGUUAUUAAUUAAUUUUCUAUAUACUUAGGUGUCCCCAGUCACCACCACCACCUCCCGGAACCUUUUAGAGCCUUCUCCAACUAUUCAAACUCACUUCACUCUUCGAUCUUCAACCUCUUUAUAACUCUCUUUUAGUUGUUUUAUUUAUCUGUCAAGUGCAAUCCAUCGCAAGUUAAUUAGCUAUAGUUUCUUCCCUCUAAUUUCAACUACUUUCUAACCGAAAAGCUAUCAAUGGCUUUGGCUCGUUUGGCCUUUAAGAAUUUGCACCAAAGGGUGCUCUCUUCCCCUUCUUUUGUUGGUCACGGUGCCUUUGAGAGAGCCGCUAUAAUUGGUGGCGCUCAGAAGUUUUCCACGAGUACUGAUAAAGUGGCUAGUGAGGCCUCAGAGGGCAAACAGGUCUCUGCCACCGAAAGCAAAAAGUCUAGAUCAGUUUUACCAAGGAAACACAGGAAAAGAGGACUCUGGAGGAGAAACCAAGGCGAUUUUCCUCCUGCCCUUUUUGUUUUCCACUGGAAGAAGUUGCUUGGCUAUAUAGUGUUUGUCACAAAAUCUUUUUUGGUGGCAGAGUUCUUUCCUUCAGGCCUUGGAAACGCGCUGCUGCAAGCAACAGAGAACGUAAACAGGCUGUUCGAGAGCCUAAACUUGUCACCGUGGUCACUAUCCGGGCGAGUAAAAGAGCAUGACCAGCUCUACAAGUUGAAGUUCGACGUGCCUGGGCUGGCCAAGGAGGACCUGAAGAUUACAAUAGACGAUGGCGUUUUGAUUAUAAAGGGAGAACACAAGGAAGAGGAGAAUGCUCAAAGUGGUUCGGACGACGAGUUUUGGAGUUCGUCGAGGAGGUACGGAUACUACAAUGCCAGCCUUGUGUUGCCUGAUGAUGCCAAAGCUGAUGAUGUUAAAGCGGAGUUGAAAGAUGGGGUGUUGUGUAUCACAAUUCCCAAAACAGAGAAGCCUAAAACAGAUGCUAAGGAGGUCCAAAUACACUGAUCAUGGAGCUGCCCUUAAUCUAUAAAUUUCGUGGCCUGUUUUAGUGUGUUUAUAUAUAUAUGUGUGUGUGGUUUUUGUUGAUAAAAUAAGGAUGGAGGAAGAAUUACAAUGAAUAUGACUGAUUAUUAGUCUAUUCCUUUUUCUCUGUCUAUAUAUAUUACUUAUAAUGCAAGUAUUGAAAUACUUAA